UAGAGAAGAAAACAAAAGAGGAAGAGUGGAAGUUUCUACACCACUCAAUUGAAUGAGAUUAUGGGAAUGAAUAUCUGUUCCAACCAAUCCCAUCUCUCCUUCCCAUAUCUUCUCUUCUCUUCUCUACCCAUUUGCGGCUUCCUCUUUUUUCUUUUAUCUUUUUGAUUAGUAAGAAAAAUGAGAUCUUUUUAACUUAAAAUAAAAACCAUUUGUUCUUGCUUAAAGCCCUUCACUUCAUUUCGAUAUAACCGUCUUCUUCUCCUUCUUCUUUAUCACAUUCUCUCUAUCUGUUCUGGCUUCUGAUGUCCAUUUCUUCACGUACGUUUGUUCUAUGAUUGUCAGUCUCUGCUCUUCUUUUAUACUCUCAAAAGCGAACCAAGGAAGUAAUCUUAGGGCAAGCUUAUAGCAUUCUUGUUGGGGCCUAGAAGCAAUCUACUGUCAAAGCAUUAUAUGUCAUUGUUUUGAUUCAUCAAUUUUGUUGGAAACGAGUCCGGAUAACUGCACCUGCACUUAAAGAAACCAUAUGAUGGCUACGGCAGCUGUUAUUGGACUUAGUGCAGGAAAGAGGCUUUUGAAUUCCUCCUUCUAUUAUUCUGAUAUUACUGAGAGGCUCUCUUAUGUCGGUGAUCAUGGAUUCUCGCAUUGUCAAUCUUGUUCAACGAAGAAUGUGAUAGUUUCCAAGAAAUCAUCAAGCUACAGCCCCAGUUUUCCAGCAUCAAAUCAGAACAUACGGUCCAUUAAGGCCCUUAAAGAAGAGCAUGCUGGUACUGCUGCUGUCCCUUCAACCAAGGAGAUGUGGUAUCAGAGGUCCAAUGAGUUAGAAGAUGAAAGCUCUGAUUUUGACUCUUCAGUGGAGGCUCUUCUUUUGCUGCAAAAGGCUAUGCUGGAAAAGCAGUGGAACCUCUCGUUCGAGAGCACAGCAAUAGCUGAAACACCUAGAGAAAAAACUACCAAGAAGAUACCUGUCACUUGUUCCGGUAUCUGUGCUCGGCAAAGGAGAAUAAAUUCUAGAAGGAAAACUUCAAACCAAAAUAAAUCAUUAUUGCAACCUAAUGGCCAUAAGCAGCUAAAGUCAUUUAUCAGUCCAGAGUUGCUUCCAAGUCGUUCGAAGUGGGGCUAUGUGAAGGGUGUAAUAAGUGAGCAACUUCUCCCUCAUGCAGAAGUUGUGCGGCUGUCUGAAAUAAUUAGAACUGGCCUUGCCUUAGAGGAUCGAAAAUCCAGGCUGAAGGAGAGAUUAGGGACUGAUCCCAGUGAUGAACAAUUUGCGUCUUCCUUGAGUAUCUCCCGCUCUGAACUACAAUCAAAAUUGAUGGAGUGUUCUUUGGCAAGGGAGAAGCUGGCAAUGAGCAAUGUUCGGCUAGUCUUGUCUAUUGCACAAAGAUACGAGAACACGGGUGCUGAAAUGGGAGACCUUGUUCAGGGUGGCUUGAUUGGACUAUUGCGUGGCAUUGAGAAAUUCGAUUCUUCAAAAGGGUUCAAGAUUUCAACUUAUGUGUAUUGGUGGAUACGUCAGGGUGUUUCAAGAGCAUUAAUUGACAACUCCAGAACUUUACGGUUGCCUACACAUUUACACGAACGGUUAGGACUAAUUCGCAAUGCCAAGAUUAAGCUGCAAGAGAAAGGAAUAACUCCUUCUAUUGAUAGAAUUGCAGAAUCCUUGAAAAUGUCACAAAAGAAAGUUAGGAAUGCUACAGAGGCGAUUAGUAAGGUCUUCUCCCUUGAUAGGGAUGCAUUCCCAUCACUGAAUGGUCUUCCUGGAGAGACUCAUCAUAGUUACAUUGCAGAUAAUCGCCUAGAGAACAAUCCGUGGCAUGGAGUAGACGGGUGGUUGCUUAAGGAUGAAGUAAACAAGCUCAUCAACUCAACACUUCAAGAACGGGAGAGGGACAUUAUACGUCUUUACUACGGUCUGGAUAACGAAUGUCUUACCUGGGAGGACAUUAGUAAACGGAUAGGUUUGUCGAGAGAAAGAGUACGGCAAGUUGGACUUGUCGCGCUAGAGAAACUGAAAAACGCUGCGAGGAAGAGGAACAUGGAUGCUAUGUUAAUCAAACAUUAAUUUUGUUGAGGAUUCAACAGUGAGAUUGUGUGUAUAUAUAUAGAGAGAACUGAAUCUGCAUUUUUUAUCAGAAAUCUUUAUACGAGGUAUUGUUUGGGUCUCUGGUCUGAACUUUCUGUAACGACUUAAGAAACACUGAUCAAAUGCUUGUUGUAUAUUGCAGCAAAACUCUAUUUUUGUAUAUUAUGUCAAAAACUAAACCAUGAAUUAACCUCUA